AUGGAAAAAGAAAAUUUGAAGACAACUAGAGAAAAAACAAACUUACAGUUAUGUUAUAAAGAUUUUUCAAAUAAUUUACAAGAUGGUGAUAUUGAAAAUGAUCCAAAUAUUAGACCUUCAAUACCUCUGAAUAAUAAUCAGUCAUUAAAUGACAAAUUCACAGAGAAAUGGGAAGAUUUUACUAACUCAAUUAAUAGACUUGGUGAAUUACUACAACAAGAUGUAUCUGAAACAUCAAUAAGACAUUUAUCAGUUUUUACAAAAAAAAUUAAAAACAUUGAUACAACAUCUCAAGCUGUAGAUUUUAUAAUAAAUAAUUCUUCAAGUUCUAAACGAGGAAGAAAUAUCCGAGUACAACCAACAUCUGUGGCUAGAAGAAGAGGAACAUAUAAAGGUAAUCAUCGGAUUGGUCCUGGUAGACCACCUACAGAAAAGAGUACUGCAGGAAGAAAUUCUCUUUUGAAUAAAAAUAAAAAGAAAGUGGUUAAACGUAAACAUAACUUAGUACAAAGUAUCACUAAUAAUCAAGCAAACGCUAAAUGUAAACAAAUUUAA